CUGCUAGUUGUUUGAUAAGGUUGUGCAGUAGGUUCAAAGUAUAUCAAUACGUAGCAUUCAUAUUGAAAGAGGAGAACAGUACAAUUUAAAAGGGACUUCAUAUACCAGAAUGAGCUUGUUAAGGCUGAUAAAGUUCCUAAUCCUAAUGAAAUAAGCGUUACUAUUAUAUUAAUUCUUUUUUCAGAUUUUAGUCGAACACAAGUUUAUUUAUGCGGAUCUGAGAUAGAAAUAAACUGCUUCUGCCUGUUUUCCUUCCUUCAAUACCAGACAUCAUAUUAUAUAAUUAAAUACGAUUAUGGACGAUCCAGCAGCAGUAAAGACAGAUCUCAAUGCUCUAAUUAAGAAAUAUGAUGAUUUUAUUGCUUCAAAGCUGAAGCCAUCUCUCAAGAAAGAGUUAGACGAACGCGAUGCUAUAUUUCACAGUAUUUCAGAAUACCAAAAACUGAAUGCACAGAUAGAAACAAUACAAGAAAAUAAUCUUAAAGAAUUGAAGACAAUGGUUGAUCUGGGAUCGCAAUUCUAUGCUCAAGCUCAUGUACCAGAUACAAGCUAUAUUUAUGUCAAUGUUGGAUUCGGAUUUCAUGUACAGUUUACUUUAGAGGAAGCGAAACAAUUCAUUAUUAAAAAAGAAGCACAUUUACAAAGUCUAGCGGAUAAGCAUACUGCUGAGGCGGAUAAAAUCAGAGCACAUAUAAAGAUGGCUUUGGAGGCUAUGUCAGAAAUUUUAAUGAACCGACAAUCGUAAGGAUAAGCAUAGAAAGCAGCAGCAGCAACAGCAAUGACUACAAUUAUUGAAAGGAACAGAAUAGUUUGUAGCAUUUUAGAAAAGUGCCGAAAUUGCAAUGAAAGUGGCCACAAUAAUCAAAUUACUAGUAAUUACUUGACUGUGCUAAUAAAGCCUUUUUCUUUUUUUUAUUGACAUCUGAA